CAGCAUCCUAAUCAAAGGAACGUUCUCAACACGCUUGUAGAUCGCGAACCACCCUGAAUACACUUCGAUAUGCUGUUCAAUCUUGUGUCUUCGGUUCUGGCUCUCUACCUCUCAACAUUGUCGCAUGCCUUACCCCUCGAUGGCCCCUCGAAACCCCAAAACCAUCUCGUCCCCCGCGCGAAGUCUUACUCAAUCGUCAACGUUGACGGAGGAUCCACCGCUGCCCAAGAAGCGACAACUGUCAUCGAAGAAACGACUAAGACAAAAACAGUGAGGGUCACAGACGUUGCCCCGACGGUAACGGACAAGGUCACUACGGUCGUCGUCUCGACCCAACCCGCUUCUACCACAUCACAAUCUUCGAGUAGCUCUUUCUCGACGUGGGGUGAACCCUUCCAUCUGACCCCGGACCCAACCUCUGAAGCCCCGGAGACGAUAUCGUCUGGCCCUUCGAGCAUCCCCACUAUCUCAUUUGCUAUGGCCUCGACUCCAGAGAGCCCCCCUCUGCCGCCCCCUACUUCUUCCGGGAACCCCACUGAGACUGGAGAACCUAGCAUUGUUACAGUCGUCAUCACUGCCACCAAAGCCGUCCCUACCGAGUACUACGACAAUGGGUUGUGGCACACAAGCUAUCCAGUGAAGACAUUUGAGACUGUGGUGACCACUGUCCUGAACUCGACAUCUACUCAAAUUAGGACACCAACGAUAACCGCCCUUUCAACGCCUUCCGUUCUUCUACCUACCCUGGACGCUUCAUCUGCCUCAUCCUACAAUCACACCCAAAUCCCCGGUCGACGACGAGCCUGGAUACUGUAAAUGAAGUUGGUGUUCGGGUCCAAAUGGACAUAAAUUUCUCGGACAUAAACUGAAACGUGGAACAUCCUGCAUAGGAAUUCUUUUUGUAUAGGUAUAGGGAGUUUACAUAUUACGUGUAUAUUGGAUGAUGCAUGAGUAAUGGGCAAUCACGGUAAGGUAAAUGAUUUAGAAUGAACUGCAUUGGGACGGCGCGUAAUGUUUAAGGGCUGCUCGAAAUAUAGCAGCAUUGGUUAUGUAC